UACUUCCGGGAGGAGGUGCAGGUUAUAAAGUGCAAUAUGGCUUUACAAGGAAGGGCACACGAAUAAUUCCCUUGUGGUGAGCGACUCGUGUAGUUAUACAACCUUAAAGCGAACGUUUGUUUACUACGAUUAAACGCGCAGACAAAUACACUAAGGAAGAAUCGAUUGAAAUGAGCGGUUCAUGAAUUCAUCAACACGACACGGAAACCAAGAGGAUCUACUCGUAUACAAUGAGACAGAAGUUGGAUCACUAAACUAUCGAGUCAUAAAGAAUGCAGCCUGCUUACCAGAAUGCUACCUCAGAGCUCCAGCUGAAAGUGGACUUUUUCCGUAAGCUGGGCUACUCAUCACAAGAGGUGAAGACAGCCCUGCUGAAACUAGGCUUGGACACUGACACAAAUACUGUUUUGGGGGAGCUGGUGCGCUCUGGAGCCAGAGAGUCACCCACAGUGAGUCAGGAGAGUGAUGAUGGAAGCUUGGGAUUUAGUCACAGAGGUGGUGGAUCCAUCAGUAAAGAUGUCCACAAGGACCUUCAACGCUCACCAGCAGUAGAUGAAACUGACGGUGACCUAAAACCCAUCGUGAUUGAUGGAAGCAAUGUGGCUAUGAGUCAUGGAAACAAGGAAGUUUUCUCAUGUCGUGGAAUUGAGCUGGCAGUGAACUACUUCCUUGAGAGAGGACACAGGAACAUUACAGUUUUCGUGCCCUCAUGGCGAAAAGAGCAGCCAAGACCUGAUGUCCCCAUUUCAGAUCAGCACAUUCUAGCAGAGCUGGAAAGGAGAAAGAUCGUUGUAUUCACGCCCUCCCGGCGGGUGGGAGGUAGGCGGGUGGUCUGCUAUGAUGAUCGCUUCAUUGUCAAACUUGCUUGUGAACUGGAUGGCAUUAUUGUGUCCAACGACACAUACCGCGACCUUCAGUGUGAACGGCCUGAAUGGAAGCACUGCAUUGAGGAGGGACUUCUCAUGUACUCCUUUGUCAAUGACAAGUUCAUGCCACCAGAUGACCCUCUUGGUCGCCAUGGUCCAAACUUGGAUAAUUUCCUCAGAAAGAAACCUCUGCUCCCAGACACCAAACGGCAGCUUUGUCCUUAUGGAAAGAAAUGCACAUACGGAAUCAAAUGCAAGUUUUUUCACCCAGAGCGAUCUAGCCUGUCACAGCGUUCUCUUGCAGAUGAACUGAGGGACAAUGCCCGUCUGUCCAGUUCCGUUCGAUGCUGUUCAGAGGAAAGCCAGAGAUCAGGAGCGUCCCUCAGAGGGCCUUGCCACAAUGAAUCUGGCUUCAGUUCAUACGUUCCCUCUUUAGAGCAGGAGCUGGAAUACAAGCUAAACCUGGACCCUGCUGUUUGUGUACCCAGACACCAACCUGGUGAAAGCAUCCAGCACUACUGGGAUGAUGUUCCUACCAAGUACUGCAACCCAGCUAACCACACUCCUCUGGACUGGCAUAGUCUGUACUCUGCAUACCUCAAUAGUCCUCCAUCGAGCUCAGAUUCUGGCCUUGGCUCCUAUGAGAGCCAGCUUUCAGAGGCAUUUCAAGGACUUGAUGACUCAUACAGGAUUAGCUGUAGGCAUAAUAAUAGGUUUUUUGAAAAACAAGAUGUGUCUCUUUCUUGCAUUUGCUCUUCUGAGCCAGUUAUCCAACCAAGCAUCCAUCAAUACCCUCUUUCCCAGCACCCACCCAACUGCUUUGAUUACGGUGCACUCCAGUUCCCAAGGCCGUCUAACAAUCAAAAUUACAGCCUUCCCAAUUACUUACAGCCUAAUGGGCUCCAUCCCAAACAGCCAAAACCAUGUUCUGACACAGUGUGGCUCCCUCCGACUCGGACAGGUUUUAGUUUACCCAACCCUCACCAUGCUGUUGGACCCCACAGACCAGCUAAUGUUUAUGGCAGCAGCCGGGGAGCUCUCAGUCCAAAUACUGUUCCAUUUGAGGCAGAGCGAGAAGAGACAAGGAAGAAACUCCAUGCAAUUUUUAAUCCUUAUCAUGUGGAUAAGGUUAUGGGAAUGUUCCCGAAACUAAAAGAUGCCCAACAGCUUGCAGCAGAGAUUCUCAAGCUCAAGUCCAAAGGACAGUUGUUCUAAUUAUUCUAUGCUAUCGGGUGAUAAAGAGAUGCUUUAAUUAGAGCAGAGCCUAUAUUUUUUUAUUGAAAUUGAUCUCAAGAUUAAAUGGUGAAUAAUUUAGAAUGUGUGAAAUUGAUGUAUUAUUGCUAUUUUUCUUAACAAUGUUUUAUUUUUAUUUUUUUUUCCUUUUAAUGUUUUGGCUUUGGCCAAAAGUCUUAAGGUUAAUUAUACCUGAAUGCCACCUCACAUAGUACGUGUGAUGAUUAUGUAUGACCAUGAAAGUCAAGUUAUAUCUCACUGCAACAUUUGUAUCAUGUUGUAAUGUUAAAUGUAUUGAUAAGUCAUGCUGUAUUGUUAAAUGUUUGUUAUUGAUGCACAUUGCAUCCUUGAUCAUUUUGAAUUUGGUAUGUUAAAAUGUAGUAUUUUGGACCACGUCACUCGGUGUGUCUGGCAGUUGUUUAAAUGACUUUCAGAAAUAUAAUAUUGUAAUAACUGCAUGAAUUUACUACAUUUCAUUUACUUAAGUAUAAUUUUAUUGUUGGUAUUGAUAA